AUGAUGAGCACGUUGGCCGAGCCGAUGUUCUCGUCUUCAACGAGACAAAAUCCAUCGUCAUCUCCUUGGCUUUUGCUGCCUCCAGCCUUUGACGUCACCGUCACCGGCGCCGCCAGCUUUAGCUACAAGUUCUACAACCCCGCCGACAAUAAAAUCGUAUCCCUCGAUACAGGAAAAAGUUGCCAUGAAAGAGAAUUAACGCACCUGGACAUGUGUUUCGCGGGAUCUUCACGCGGCUGGCUCGCUUUGUUGAGCCCAAGCUUCGAUCUGUUUCUCUAUAAUCCAAUCUCCCGUCGCCACAUAAAACUCCCUCCGGUUCUCGACCUGCCCGAAUUCCCGACUGGCCCCCUCAUGAUACACAAGCUCAUACUCUCGUGCUCUCCGGACACACCAAAUUGUCGGGCCAUCAUUAUCUACAACGGCAUGCGUGCGCUGGCUUUCUGCUGCCCUGGCUUCAGCAUGGAGUGGACCCAUAUCGGCGAUCACCACUGGCUCGACCCAAAUUCGGGAGAACCAUUCCGCAAUAUCGACUAUGGCUAUUGGGAUUGUGUCUACUCCACAAGACAUGAAGCACUGUUUACCCUCACGAGAAGUGGCGUGCUGGAAUCUUGGGAUCUUCGAGACCCUCAUUCACUGAGGGCGGUGAAGAUAGCCGAUGUACGCAAGGAACUAUGUAGGAUUAGCUAUUCGAAUGACUUGCAGCUAACGUGUGAUAGAGUGCAGCAUUUGGUAGUGGCUGGGCAGGAUCUCCUCGUGGUGACUCAAUACGUUGGAUGUUUUGAUUUUGAUGGAUUGUAUGUUGACUUCAAUGACCCGUAUCAGGAUGUCUUCUAUCGAUGCCUUCCGUUUGUGACUAUUGCUUUCAAGGUUUAUAAAUAUGACCCUGAGGAUGAGGAGGUUGAUUACGUCAACUCUUUAGAUGGCUCUUUAGAUGGCUUGGUGCUUUUCGUCGGUUACCACAGCGAUUCAUUUGCGUUACCCGCGGCAGAGUUUCCGGAUCUCAAACCCAAUUCCAUUUACUUCGCUAAUGCGCUAGACGUAGUCAUGUCUCCGUGCACACCACCAAUUGGUGGCCAUGACAUCGGCAUUUUCAAUUAUGAAACAAGACUCGGCGGCGAGGUUACGGAUGACGGGUGGCCGAUGACAGUGCAAGGAGCAGCUGUGACGGCGAAAAGGCGGAGAGAUCUGCGAUAUACAUUUCGCCAAUACACUCUUUGCUGGAAAGUUUUUGAAAUUUUCUUGCAUGCAUUCUGGUGGCGGCCCCCAACAGUGAGGAGGCGGCGACCAUGGCCGGGGAACUACUCCACUGCAUCUGCAUCACCUUCUUCAUCAGCCCAACAAGCCGGCCUGGACCCAUCAACCUGCAGCCCCGAUCCAAUCGAUCGGGUUGGGAUCCUUAACUGGGCCGACAUCUACAGUGGGGGAUAUUUUAGGGAAAAGUUGGAACUCCUCGCAUCAUCGAGUUUGAGCGCGUCGGGUAUCGAGAUUGUGAACAAUAAGAACCCUAAUCUGUUUGGAUCUGGUUAG